AUGACCACCUUCGUUGCCACCUCAAAGACUCCCUACAUCAAUGUUUUCCCUGAUCACCGUCUCAAUCCCAUUAAUCGCCUGAUCUACUCUGGCUUCACAGAGCACAUGGGACGAUGUAUCUACGGCGGCAUUUUCGAUCCGGACAAUCCGAACAAGGAACUCAUCAACGAAGAUGGCUUCCGGUUAGACGUUAUUGAGGCACUCAAACCCCUGAAAAUCCCAGUUUUCAGAUAUCCUGGCGGCAACUUCUGUGCUACAUAUCACUGGCAGGACGGUGUUGGACCUAGAGAUCAGCGUCCUGCUUUUCCUGAACUGGCAUGGGGUACAGUCGAGACAAAUCACUUCGGCACAGAUGAGUUCAUGAAGUGGUGCAAGGCAGUUAGUGCCGAGCCUUACCUAUGCCUCAACUUCGGAACUGGUACCCUCGAUGAAGCUCUUGCAUGGGUCGACUACUGCAACGGCACCAAAAACACCAAGUAUGCCAACAUGCGACGAGCAAAUGGGCACGAAGAGCCAUACAAAGUCAAGUACUGGGCUUUGGGCAAUGAGAUGUGGGGAGAUUGGCAAGUCAGUCAACUGACGGCGGAAGCAUAUGCUGAGAGAGCACUUCAAUGGGCCAAGGCACUCAAAUUACUCGACCCAAACCUUGUCCUUGUCCUCUGCGGUGCCGAAGGUGCCCAUUCGUGGGACUUCAAAGUCCUCAAGCACUGCAUUCGACCCGCCGGCAAAGACGACCUGGGCGAGUAUCGCAAGCCUCUUAUUGACAUGCACUCCAUCCAUCUCUAUACCGCCUCGUACGACCACUACGAGAAUGUGGUCGGCCCUUUAACGGCAGAACGCAACAUCGAGAUCGCCAAAGGCCUGAUUGACAUUCCCUUUUACGAGUCCAAGAUCCCGGCUUCCCAGCCAAGACCUCUCAUUUGCUUCGACGAAUGGAAUGUGUGGAUGCCGUCCAGGGCGGUUGGAUCUGCUGGCGGCGAGGAAAACUACACUUUGAGUGACGCAUUGGCUGUUGGCGUGUGGCUGAACAUCUUUGUGCGGAAGUCCGCUGACGUGGGCAUGGCGAAUAUCGCGCAAAGUGUCAACGUUCUCUCUCCCCUCAUGACAUCGAAGCAAGGUAUCACCAAGCAGACCACUUGGUAUGUGUACGAGCUGUUCUGCAAGUACAUGAAAGGCUACCUUAUCGCCACCCACGUCGGCUGCGAAGAGUACACUGGCAAGACGAAAGUCGAAUACUGCCGAGCCACACGGCGCACACCAUACCUGGAUGUCAGCGCUUGCUACGAUGAGGAGGAAGGUGUCGUGAACAUUGCGGUUGUCAACAUGCAUUUGGACAACGACUACGAGGUGAAGUUGGGUGGCAUCAAAGGCAAGGCUCAGGUCCUGGAGGUCAACGGUGAUGAUGUCAAGGUCACGAAUAUGGGCGGCGAGCAGAAGGUUGGCAUUACGGAGAAGGAGGUUGACGUGGAUGAGAGCUAUAAGUUCCCGAAGCAUAGCUUCAGUCUCUUGCGGUACAAAGCUUGA